AAAACAACCAUGCAAAACGGUACUUAUCCGUGGAUGACUUCGUCUUCCCUUGGCCAGAAGAGUUGGCACCCAGGAUAUCAAGCUAGUUUAACUGAUUUGUUUUUGAAAAAGAAUCCCCUGCACUUUGGAACUGGAAUUUCUCAACUGGCUGCAGCUUCAAGUUACAUAGAGAAAAUGUCCCCCUCCAGUGAUCAGAUGCCAAAGUGCCAUCAUUCCGAUGCCAAGGAUAAAUACCCUUGUGACACCUGCCAGCAGUAUUUAAGCAUUCUUAGGACAGAUGGUGCCUCCAGUAGCUCUAGCAGACCAUCAGUAACAACUCCAGGCAGUAUAGGGUCUCCACCAGAGCGCAAAGUUAUGGGGUUGCCAUCCUUGGCACCUCCUAUUAACCAUUCAGAUAGGCAUUUAAAUAAUGGUGCUACUAGUAUGAUUCCAGGACAACAGCGCCCGAGACCUCCCCCGAGCAAACAGUUCCUUUGUCCCGUCUGCCACAAAUUAUUUACCCAAAAAGGUAAUCUCAAGACUCAUAUGAUGAUUCACACAGGGGAAAAACCUUAUGCAUGCCAAGUUUGUGGAAAGAGCUUCACUCAGAAAGGUAAUGUCGACACCCACAUGAAAAUCCACACCGGUGAAAAAGAUUUUGCCUGUGAAGCAUGUGGAAAACGAUUCACUCAAAAGGGUAACCUUAAAACGCAUAUUCGUAGUGUUCAUACUAAAGAAAAGCCUUUUGCUUGUAGUCUUUGUGGUAAAUGUUUUUCUCAAAAGGGAAACAUGCAAACCCAUUUGAGAACACAUAAUAAAGAUGACAGGUUCCCAUGCACCAUGUGUGGGAAAACAUUCUCUCAGAAAGGUAAUCUCAAAACUCACAUGCAGCGUCACACUGGGCAGUUGCCGUCUAAGAGAAAUUUUUCUCGAAGCGGCAACAGCCUUAUAGGAGUCCGCCGCAUGCCACAACCCGGUGCUCAUUUGCCCCCUUUUAACUUUCAUUCUUCAUCUGCCCUAACCCAGGGUGCAAUACCAUCAUCCAUUAGCUCAGCUCUUAACCCUAAGGCUUUGUUAUCGAAGGUAGGUGCUCAUAAUCAACAUUCGGAUAUUUCUCGAGCAGGAAUCAAUCUAAGCUACCCGCAAGAUACUCAUGACGACUGUAAAUCCCCCAUGACAUCUCCGAUGCCACUAGUGAUUAAUUCUGGUUUGUCCAGUAACCAUUCCCAGUCUUACCAUAAUCCAUCCUCCAGCCCUCACCCAUCUCAUUUAUCUAGCCCGUCGCCUGAUGAUGACAUGGGCAUGGCGCAUAUGAUGCAGAACAAAAACCAGCAACAAAAUUCUCACCCACCUACUCCAAACCAUACCGAUGGGCUUUCACGCCCGUCUCUGCACUCUCCCUCUAAUGCCAAUGACCACCGCAUGACAAGUCCCUCCCCAACUGGAGGUAGUGGAUCCCACACUGCUUCUUCCGAAAGUGAGAGUAGGCCAUUUUACUCUGCACCCCCGACUCCAGUGGCAAGCCCCUUCACUUCUGCUUCCCGCUGGCUGUCUCACGAGCGCAACCGUUACUAUGAUAGCUUUCAGCAUCAUUCAGGGUUGAGUUCUUAUAAUGCUAUUUCCCAACAUACUACACCCUUAUCCCGACUGUCCCUUUUGGCCUCGGGUUCAAUGGCUCAUCAUAAUCUUAGUCAACACCAACAAGAAAGUGAGAAACAGGGUCAAGUUCAUGACACACAAUUUCAUUCCAUAGGCAAUCCUGAUUUCUCUCAACUCCUUGAUUAG